AUGCUCGUCAAAGGAAGUGAAUCAGGUUCUGAGACAAAGCCUUACCGGCGCAUUGUUUUCUACCAUCAAACUCACUAUAAAGACGACAGAUACAUCUCGAUACAACCCACAAUUCUCCCAAGUGCAGGCGUCACACACGUCAUCAUCGCGGCUAUUCACCUCAACACGCCUACGCGCAUCACACUCAACAAUGAUCUCUACGAUGCAGAUAAAUUCAUUCCCCUCUGGGAUGAAGUCAAAAAACUUCAAGCAGCAGGUAUAAAAGUCCUCGGCAUGCUGGGCGGCGCGGCGCAAGGGUCAUACACAAAACUUGACGGCUCGCUUGAAGGCUUUCAUCGAUGGUACCAGCCACUGCGCAGAAUGAUCAAAUGGGCUGGUUUCGACGGCUUGGAUCUGGAUAUUGAAGAAGCAAUGUCCCUCGGUGGUGUGAUCCGUCUAAUUGACCAUCUCAAAACCGACUUUGGCCAAUCCUUCCUCGUGACUCUCGCGCCCGUCGCACCAGCGUUACGCAAUGAGCAAAACCUGGGUGGUUUCAACAUGGAAGAGCUCGAAAAAGGUCUCGGGUCGCGUAUAGCAUGGUAUAACACGCAAUUUUACUGCGGCUGGGGCGACAUGAGCGAGCCGCACGACUACGACAGAAUCAUCGCGCGCGGAUGGCCGCAGGAGAAAGUGGUGAUUGGGCUUGUAACAAACCCGUCCAACUGUUCUGGCUACGUGAAAGAAACAAAGCUGCGAAAGUGUCUCGGGGAGCUGGUAAGAAAAUAUCCACGUAUCGGAGGCGUCAUGGGUUGGGAGUACUACAACGCGAGGACGGAGGAAAGCUCCGAGCCAUGGAAGUGGGCCGAGAUGAUCAAUGACAUAUUAAAUUAUGAUUCUAAAAUGCAGGGAGAAAAGGAAAUAUAUGAGGGUCAUAAAUCGUAG